AUGGCCGAGGAGAACAUCUUUCUGUUCGUGCCGAAUUUGAUCGGUUAUGCCCGAAUUAUUUUGGCUUUGUUGUCCUUCUAUUUGAUGCCGUGCUGUCCAGCUCCAGCGGUGUUCUGUUACCUCCUGAGUGCACUGUUGGAUGCCUUUGAUGGACACGCAGCAAGAGCCCUUAAUCAAGGCACUAAAUUUGGUGCUAUGCUGGACAUGUUGACUGACCGCUGUGCCACCAUGUGUCUGUUGGUGAACCUGGCUCUCCUCUACCCAUCCUACACCUUCCUCUUUCAGUUGAGCAUGAGCCUGGAUGUGGCCAGCCACUGGCUGCACCUGCACAGCUCUAUGAUGAAGGGCGCAACCAGUCACAAAACCAUUGACCUGUCUGGCAACCCCAUUCUCAGGAUCUAUUACACCUCCAGGCCGGUGCUCUUUUUCAUGUGUAUGGGGAAUGAGCUGUUUUACUGCCUGCUGUAUGUGCUGUACUACAUCGAAGAGCCACAGGUGUGGCUACAGUGGCUGUUGGCGGUGUGUGGCAUUGUAUGUGUGCUGAAGGCAGGCAUCAGCGUACUCCACCUCAUCACCGCCUCCCGCAACAUGGCUGCCAUUGACCUAGCUGACCGUGAAAUGGAAAGGAGCAAGACCAAGUGAGAGAAGAAUAAAGGAAGAAUGGAGGAGUGCAUCUAAAUGGACCUGUGAUGUAUAAGCAGUAACUGUGUAAGGAGGGGAUGAAUGAAAAACGGGUGAAUAAAAAGAGGGAUGAUACCUGUGGGGUUGGGAGGUUGAAGAGAUAAAGAGCAGUUUAAAAGAUAAGUUAAAGGAAUACUUUAGUUUUUCAACCUAACCUCUGUUACAGCUGAUGUUAACGGUUGAUUUACCACAGACAUUUCAGUGUGUUGCCUGUUGAUUUGAGACUCCUUUGUCAUAGAAACCACAGAGCAGCUGUUAUAGAGUCAUGUAAUUAAAAUGUUUAUCUAGAUAAUUAAGAGGGAGGGGUUAGAGAAACAUGAUGAAAAAAGUAUCAGAAGCGAUGCUUAUGACCACCUUGAGAUUUAUGUUUUUGACAUAAAAUGUGCAAAAACAGUGAUCAAAACAAGUCUCUCUCGUUAAAAGCAAUAGAACAAAAUUCGCUGCAGUCUGUUGAAACCACAUAUGUUGCGAACCCACCCACUUGUUCUUCGAGAGAAUAUGUUCUUUCCUAAAUAUGUGGAAAUGCAUGAGAAUUGUGGUAAUCAGCGGUAUGAUGCAGAAGUGGCAGAUUAAGCUUAGGUUACAGCUGAGUAUUGCUUUAAUACAAUUGAACUGUUGAUCAAUUAUUUAUUUAUUCAUAGACUACUAGUGGUAAUGUAAUGGUUAUAUAUCAGAUUGCUGUUGCUCUUGUUUUAAUCUUAAGUAUCUUGGGUUUGUGUUUUUCUUAUUCCAUCUUAAUAAUGAAAUAUUAUUUGAUGCUGACCCUCACACCAACCACUGAGUAAAGGCAUGGACAUGAUGUAUGUUACCCUUUGGUAAAAAAGAGUAGUGUAGCAGGGAUAAACAUGCACAUAUUCUCCAGCUUGCUCAACUAAACGAAUGACUGGCACAUUCCACACUUCAAAAUGAAAACCAGUUGGGUGUUGUGGUUUGUUUUUUGUUUACGUUAAUUGGAUUUUCUUUUAUCAGUUGUAAUAUAUUAUUGUUGCUAUCUAUCAUUUUACCUUUUAUGUAAGUUUAAAAAAAAAUAAUAAUAUAUCGCUGCUGUCGGACCUCUUAUCUCCAUUUUUUUUUGGGGGGGGGGGUCUUGACUUACAUUAAAAGUUAAGUAGGUAGCUUUUAUUUUUUUGUCAUUCUCCUGUAAAGUUAUAAUUUUGCAGAUAUGAGGUUUUAAAAAACAAAGUUUUUUUAAACUUGCAUAAAGGUACAUGACAGUGCCAUAUUUUGUGUUUAUCAGGGGUGGAAACAGUACACAGUAACUUUACUUAUGUGAAAAAAUGGGUCCUGUAUUAAAAUCUUACUGAGUUAGAAGUGGAAGUAUGGUGCCAAAUACAUACUUGUACGAAAAGCCCAAAUAUAUAUAUAUACUUACACAGACAGUAUAAUUUUAGCAAUAGCAGGAAUUUGAUAGAAUAUUCUGAUAAAAAUAAUACAUUUUUUCUUUUAAAAUGUUAUUGAUUUAGAAAUACAAUUAUUAAAUUUCAAUUGUACUCGACUAAAGUACAAAUCUUCUAGAAUAAGUACAAUUACUCCUGUAUGUUCCGCCCCUGGUAUUAAUUGGGAAAAUAAAUUGUUUGAGUGGAAAUGUCACCUCUGGUAAUCCCACUGUGUCAUCCAAACCUCAUGAAUGUAUUAGUACUAGAGGAACACUAGACAUACUAUUGCUUUCUGUAGACAUUCACAGAAAUAAAGAAAUCCUCAUAAAAUUAA